ACAACAGAAGAGGCACACGCAGAACUAUGCUACGCUGAGCUGCUACUUCAGCAGGCCUUUCUUACUUUCAUCCAGGAUGAGAAUUUUGUAAGUUUCAUUAAAGGCGCUUUCAAAGUUAAAACCUGCCUAAAUUCUUACAAGGAAUCAGUAGAGAUAAUGAAGAAGAGGUCGUGGAAAGAAAAUGAAGGAUUGGAAGACUUCAAGACUGGAAUAUGUAUGGGAGUCGGUGCUUUUAAUCUGAUGAUCUCACUUCUUCCUCCCCGCAUUCUGAAAGUUCUAGAGUUCGUUGGCUAUAGAGGGAGCAAGGAAAAGGGCUUAAGAGAAUUAGAAACCGGAGCGAUGCUGUCAGAUACGUUGAGGAGCCCCAUCUGUUCAGUUCUCUUGAUACAGUAUCAUAUUAUUAUCUCUUACAUAUUUGGCCUCGGAGACGGGGACACGGAAUUAUCUUCACGCCUAUUGGACACCAUGCAGGCCAAAUGCCCCAACAGCGCCAUCUUCCAUUUUCUUAGGGGCAGGAUCUAUGAGGUUUCCGGCGAUAUUGAUAGAGCCAUUAUGACGUUUGAGGAGAGCAUAGAUUCGCAGGACCAAUGGAAGCAACUCCAUCAUUUUUGCUGCUGGGAGCUCAUGUGGUGUCAUUCCUAUCUUGGAAAUUGGUUGCUGGCGAUGAAGUAUGCUGAGAAGUUAUUCGAAGAAAGUAAGUGGAGCAAAUCCAUGUAUGCCUACCUCAAAGGGACCUUCAUGAUGAUGAUGAUGAUGAAGACGACGACGAUGAUGACGAUGAUGGUUCCGCGUCUGAAGCAGAGGAUAGCUGGAAAGUCAGUACCAGUGGAGAAGUGGGCCGUCAUGAAGGUCCAGAUGUACUAUGAGCAGUCUGAAUUUCUAAUGCUGCCUGCAUACGAAGUGAUGUACGUGUGGAAUGGCUUCGAGGUGAUGGGCAAGAGGGAGGAGCUGAUCGUCAGCGUCAUCAGCGUCAUUGAGGAGGCUCUCAGAAAUUUGACGAUGACGUCAGAGGACGAUGCGCCGAACAUUAUGAAAUUCGACAACGCCUGCCUGUUGAAUCUUCUUCUCGGCGUCUGCUUCCGUUUGAUCGGUCAGUUUGACAGCGCCGAAAAGUGUUUUGCAUUUGUCAUCGAUAACAAGAAGAACGUACAACGUGAUACAUACCUCGUUCCCAGCUGCAUGUACGAACGCGGGUUGUUAUUCAUGCAGAUGAUGAAGUUUAAAGAAGCUGAGAGAAGUUUUGACGACGCUAGGUUAGUGUCUAUGUAUGUGUAUUUAUCGCACUCUCUCUCUCUCUUUCUUUCUCUCUCUCUCUCUCUCUCUCUCUCUUUCUCUUUCUUUCUCUAUAUCUUUUUCUCUUUCUUUCUUUUUCUCUCUAUGUUUCUAUUUCUUCUAUCUUUGUCUACUUGCGUGUGUGUCUGUGUAUGUUUGCGUGUGUGUGUGCCGGCGUGUGUGUGUAUGUGUGUGUUCCAAGUGUCUAGUAACCAUAAUUGA